AUGGAUUUGGUGGAACCUGAUACUCCUCUUCCCUCUUGGUUCACAGAGGAAGAUCUUGCAACAUACGGAGCCUUGUAUGAGAAAUCUGGAUUCCAAACUGCAUUGCAGGUUCCAUAUAGGUCAUUAGGUGAAGUGUGUAACUUACCAGAUCCUGUGGUUAAAGUUCCAGCAUUUCUGAUAAUGGGUGGCAAGGAUUAUGUUCUGAAGUUUCCAGGGAUUGAGGAUUUAACAAAAGGUGAAAAGGCAAAAGAGCUUGUUCCCAAUUUGGAGGUUACAUUUAUCCCUGAGGGAACUCAUUUUGUUCAAGAACAGUUUCCCGAACAGGUGAAUCAGCUUAUUCUUGGCUUCCUUGCCAAGCACACUUGA